AUGUAGCCUAAGUUACACUAAUUAUAAGACCAUUUGUGUGUGAGGAGAUGUUUUUAGCCAUAUCCCUUUGAUUUUCCCCAUGUUAUUAUCUACAUUUAAGUUUAAGUUCAUAUCUCUUAAACAUUUUGUUGCCUUUUGAUAAGAGACAUCAACUAGUCAGUUUGGCAUCUCCAUCACUGACAGCAGGAGGCACGACACCAGUUGGUCCCAUUUUGCCAAUAAAGCGUUAACCUCAGCCGUCUUCUCUCCCCUCCCCUUCCACAGCGCAACCUAUUUAAACAAACAUCUGCCCUUAUCUGGAGUCUUUGGGAAAUCCAUUGCACACAUAACUGGCAUCUUUAGUUGAAGAGGCGUGAUGGCUUUGGCAGAUCCUGAGUGUGGAAUAUCAAACGGCGCGGAUUCCGCGUCCCCGUUUUCUGACAUUAUUGAACUAAAUGUUGGUGGACAAGUGUAUGUGACACGGCAUACGACUUUAAUAGCCGUACCGGAUUCUCUCCUGUGGAACAUGUUUAGUAAGAAAAAACCGACAGAACUGGCACGGGACAGCAAAGGUCGUUUUUUUCUCGACAGGGACGGCUUUCUUUUUCGCUACAUUUUAGACUACCUACGGGACCUACAUCUGGUUUUGCCUGACUAUUUUCCGGAAAAGAGCAGAUUACAGCGGGAGGCUGAGUUUUUUCAGCUGCGGGACCUGUCCAAGGUCUUGAGUCCCAAAAUGAGUAAAGACAACUCCAUCACCGAUGAGAUCUGUCAGAGUGACUCGGAGGAGCUGAGCGCGAGCGCGACCCCGUUGGUCGGACCCGACACCUCGCGCACGCUGUCCGUCCCCAGCACCGCUCAUUCUCCUUCCCUGGAGUCCAAAAAGUCGGGCUACAUCACAGUCGGUUACCGGGGCUCGUAUACAAUCGGAAGAGACAUACAAACAGACGCCAAAUUCAGGCGGGUCGCGAGGAUCACGGUGUGCGGGAAGACUUCUCUGGCUAAGGAGGUGUUUGGAGACACUUUGAACGAGAGCAGAGACCCGGACCGACCUCCGGAGAGGUACACAUCACGCUAUUAUCUGAAAUAUAAUUUUCUCGAGCAGGCGUUUGACAAACUGUCAGAGUUUGGCUUCCAUAUGGUCGCGUGCAGCUCCACUGGCACGUGCGCUUAUUCCAGCAAUGACCCAAACGAGGACAAAAUCUGGACAAGCUACACAGAGUAUGUUUUCUGUCGAGAAUGAGACAUAAUUUGUUGCAUUUAAUUGUGUGUAUAGGCAUUCCACCACAAGAGUAAAGUUUCAUCCGUCUUUCAGAGGUGUACAGUAGCCUAGCCUAUAGGUUUGCCUCGUUCACAGACACGAGACAAAAUUGUUUGCAUCUCUUUAUGUCUUUUAUAGCCUAUACAUGUACUGCUAGAAUUAAGGAACGCAGAAUAACCAGCUAUCAUUACACUUCCCUUCAUAGCUUCAUUUGCAGAUAAAGUCGUUUUUUAAUCCAGAUUUGAGAGCCUGUUUGUCCCAGAUGUGUUACUUGCUAUUCUUUAUGCAUGUAUUUUAAAUGAACACGUGAAAUAUUGCUUCAUUCAACAUGGCACAGAGACCUCAUUUGUAAGUUAUAAGGUUUUGAUGAAUGUUCAUAAUGGUGUUAUACCGGGUCAAUGAUUUAAGGGACAGUUACGCUUUCAGGAAAUGUCGAUUACUGAAUCAUUAGGCAACAUUCUGGAAAGACUCAGACAGCUCCCUUUCAUCAGACUGGUAGAUCUCAGUGACACUUUCCCUUAAUAAGCUCAGUUUUAUCUUUUCACUGUGAACCCUCUAAAACAGAAAAGUAAGUUUAAUUACUGCCUUAUUUUUUAUUUUUUUAAUUUUUUUUUUUUUUUUUUUUGUAAAAUUAAAGUGGUGCCAAAGUUACCUGCAGUGAUUCAUUGCACUUUUUGACCAGUUUUAAUUUCAUUACAGAUUAAAAAAAUCGAGUGGAAAAUUGAAGAAAUUUGAAGAAAUUUGUAAUAAAUUAAAUGGAAGGAAACAAAUAUAUUACAACAUUUUACAAAUGUACUAUUGUAUUAAAUUUUGCACACCUUUUUUUUUUUUUUUUGGGCAAAGAGUGGGAAUAGUUUCUAUUUUUUCCCUUCCUUUUUGUCUAAAGUUUAAGGUUUCUAUGUCUAUAUUACAACAGAGUGUUCCCUUUUAUUCCAACAUUGUAAACAUCUUCUAUCUGUUGUCUUUUCAAAGAGUCGAUACUUUAAUAAAUUAUAAUCUGUCAUAAU